CGAUCUCAGCACGUCACUUCCGGGCUUCGCUCCUUUCUCCGAGCGUCUGUCGGCGGCGAGACCCGCGUGUUUACACACUCACAGAUGAAGGAGUCGAUAAUGAACCAGGAGAAGCUCGCCAAACUGCAGGAGCAGGUCCGCAUAGGCGGCAAGGGGUCAGCCCGCAGAAAGAAGAAGGUGGUGCACAGAACGGCUACAGCCGAUGACAAGAAGCUGCAGUUCUCCCUCAAGAAACUGGGAGUCAACAACAUCUCUGGCAUCGAGGAGGUGAACAUGUUCACAAACCAGGGGACGGUGAUCCAUUUCAAUAAUCCAAAGGUUCAGGCCUCCUUGGCUGCCAACACCUUUACGAUCACAGGGCACGCCGAGAACAAGCAGCUCACAGAGAUGCUCCCAGGAAUCCUAAACCAGCUGGGGGCUGACAGUCUAACCAGCCUCAGAAGAUUAGCAGAGACCCUUCCCAAACCAGCUGGAGAAAACAAAGCCCCCAUGGUUACUGUUGAAGAGGAGGAUGAUGAGGUUCCAGAUCUUGUUGAAAACUUUGAUGAGGCUUCAAAGGACGAGGCAAACUAACCAACACCAAGUGAACAUUUCAAGGCUUCUCUUGACCCACCAUACUUUGACACAGCAGCAUUUUGGACUUCUCUUUGGUCCAUCUCUGUUAUUACCCUCUGGCCACAAACAAAAGUUGCAUUUUAAUUGUAACGCCGACAAUUAGGCUAAUACAAGUAAAAACAACCUUUUUUUAUGGCAACUGUUACCUACCAUUCUGUCUGAUUUGCCUCAUACUGCAGUACACGUGCUAUUUAAUUCAGUGGAAUGUGCCGACCUUUUUCUUUCUCACGCUGCCCCACCGACAUUGUGAUGCCCACACAUCAAAAGUGUAUUGUUGGAAUUAAUCAUGUAAUAAAGAUUACAUUAAACUUU